AUGCGAACACAAGGGUGCGAUACUGCAUCACGGUUAUUCAAGUACCAAACAGUCACCAUGAAUUCCGCGACGUAUUUCCAGAAUAAUAAGGCGACAAUGACCGCAAUAUGUUUCGUUUGCAACCUACCCAUACUGUCGCACCAAGUGGGUCUGGUGUGGGCUGGAGGCAACGGGUGGGACGAGCUGACACGAUCUACGUUGGAAGAGUCCACGUUGCGACAAAGGCUUGGCAGCCGCAGAGACUCAGCUGCGCAAGUUUCCUGUCUUUCCCCUCCGGAACCAGACGUCGCAGACCAGUCCAGAGGAGGUCCCCGACGUCGUCGUUCAUCUCUGGCACAGUUGACGGAUAUUCUACGCGAGUGGGGAGGUGGUGGCAGCAGUGCGCCCAGACGUACGCGGGCUCCACUCUCGAGGCGCGAAACCCUGGCUGACCUCGCACGUUCCCUACCUUGGGCACGCCACGAGCCGCCUCCACGCCGCCGUCGCGACUCCUCUGCUGAUUCAGGCAUCAAAUCUAUGGCUUCCAAACGUAGAGACUCAAAAGCCGCAUCACAAGACUUUCGUGCAGAAUUCCCCAACUACUGGGAACGCAAAGAUUCCACAACAAUAAUGCCUACUAGAGAACGCCGAGUGAAACGACGGGGCUCAGGUGAUGAUAGCAAGGACCGCCGAGAUUCAGUUGACGGACACAGACAUCGUAGAGACUCUGUUGUAGCACCACCUCGAAUAGUAGCCACCCACAGGAAACGCAGAGCGUCACCUCCAACUCCUGCCGCGCCUUCAUUUGUAGAUGCUUCAUCAGAUCCUGGACCGUCUACUCAACCACCUUCAGUGACCGUUGUUGCUAUUCAUGAACCGAGCCGUUCCGAUGGAGAAUGUCAACCACUCACAAUGCCAACCAUUAUCACGUCAGCUGUUACCCCGUCACCAACAUCACCGACGAUACCUAGUGCGACGCAAACUACUCAAACGGCCCAAACUACUACUAGCACUACAACUACAACACAAGGCCCUCCAACAACACAAGCAGUAACUCCAAGUGGUCGUACGCCACCAAAUUUAGGCGGCAGGCGAGAUUCUACAACGCAAUGUGGUCGAGCAAGACGAGAUUCACGAGCUGCAGCUAGUCCCGAACGGAGGCUAGGAAGAUUACAAAGACAGGCUACAGCUUUUGAUGACCCUAAUGGUCCACCUGGAGCCAGACGCAGAGAUUCCGGUCCCUCGUUAGGUCCUGAUGAUGAAGGAAGAGCUAGAAGAGAUUCAUUGAGCCCUGAUUCAGCAGCUAGGCCACGACGUGACCGCUCUCAAUUAAGUCCUGAUCGUGCAGGAGGUGGUGAAUUAAGCCCAUCUGCAGCCAGACGUCGUGGCCGAUUAAGGAGGCAGGCAUCGUGUGCAAGAGUUGGUCGGACGCGAAGUCCUGAAUCUAGUUCAUGUUCAAGUCGCGAUCCAAGUCCGUGCGCUAGACCUCCCGAAAGAACUAUAAUACGACGGCAGUCCACCACAGAAGAAAUACUUAUAGCAAGAGGUUUCCGCCGUCAGUCUACCACUGAAGAAAUGAUCCGCUGUCGUAAUUUCAGACGACAAAGUUCACAGAGUGAUGACGCGUGCAUGCGGGCGAGAGGCCGUCGUGACUCUUCUACGCAAAUACUAGAUGGCACCAUCGGUACUAUGACUGUUGAAACGACUAGUACAUUCUUCGAUUCCAGCACCCAAACUGGUGAGUAA